CCACCUGCAGAGAUGAAUAACCAAAGUGUAACCUAUGCAGAACUGAAUUUGGCCAAGUCCACCAAGAGACAGCAAAGGAAACCUAAGGGCACUCAAAGCUGCACUCCAGUAACUGAGCAGGAAAUAACCUACGCAGAUUUAACUCUUGGAAAUGCUUCCCGGGAUCUUCAAGGGAGGGACAAGAAGGACAGCUCCAAAGUUUCACCAUCACCUCUAGAGAAGCUCAUUGCUGGGACUCUAGGGGUCAUCUGCCUUGUCCUGAUGUCCGCUGUGGUGACAAUCACUGUCAUUCCCUGUAAAUAUAUUAUGUACCUAUGUAUUUAUAUCUAUGUAAGUAAGUUAAUUUUUAUUUUUAAAACUUCAAAUUGCUAUUGGAUAGUAAUUUAUAAUCUUUCUUUAGCACAUCAUUGUGAUCACUGUUCACUGGAGUGGUUUAGAUAUUCCAACAAUUGCUAUUACAUUAGCACUGAAAAUAAAACAUGGCAUGAGAGUUUGCAGGCCUGUGCUUCUAAGAACUCUACUCUGCUUUACAUAGAUAAUGAAGAAGAAAAGGAAUUUCUGAGUUCCAUAUUUCCUCCAUCAUGGAUUGGAGUUUUUCGUACCAGCAGUGAUCAUCCUUGGAUGUUGAUAAAUGGUUCAACUUUCAAACUAGAAAUAGAAGACUUAUCAUUUGGUAAAGGUGGCUGUGCUCUGCUAAAUCCAUAUGGCCUCACAUCAUGGAGUUGUGGAGCUUCAAAACUAUUUAGCUGUAAGCAUAAGCUUCAGAGUUAAAACGCCUGAGUUUGGAUUCUCUCAGGUAACUUUAUUUUCAUAAAAUGGAAAUAACAUUAUGAUUGCAUAUAUCUUCAAAUGAAUUAUAUCACUUGUUCUAAUAAUGAAAUAAUUUUCUAUACCAAUUUUUGGACAAUAACAUACACAUCCGAAAGUGCAUAUAUUCAUUGAUUUUAGUGUCUGAUGUGUUUUGGUCAAUGUUAUAUUUGUGGCAUUCAACAUUUCUAAAAGAUCUUAUGCUGUGUGAGUCAUGUUAUAUGUGUUAUCAAGGAAAGGCUAACCCACAGAGGCAGAAAGUAGGUUAGUGGUUGCCAAAGGUUGAAGGGAGAUAGGAAUAACAAACGAUGCUAAUUGGUACACUGUUACUUUUGGGGGCCGGGCACUUUCUAAAUUUUGUUAGUAGUGAUAGUUGCAAACUCGGUUGAAUAUACUAAAAAUCACUAACAUAUAUACUCUACAUGGAUGAUUUUUUUUCUUUUGCUUUGUAAAUUAAACCUCAGUGCAGCUGUUAAAAAACAACAACUUAAGGUUAUGUUAGAGACUGCAUUUAAACUUUAAAUAAUUUAUGAAGAUCUCAUUUUAUAAUAUUGAUUCUUUGAAUCAAUAUCAUGCUUUAUUAGGCUUUCUUUAAUUUCUCUACUAUGUUUAAAAAUUUUCUAUGUUGAAGUCAAAGAAAUAUGAUUCUUCUAUAGUUAUGAUUUUGUAAAUGGUAUACUUAUUUAAAAAUUUCUUUAGUAAUUUUUGCUGUUUUAAACAUAAAUGCAGUUGAGGUUUGCUAUUGAUUUUUCUAUUAAUCCUAUCAUUUCAAAUAUACGUUCUUCCACAUAGUAUAUAUGAAGAGUUAUUUUAUUUCUUCAUUCCUGGUGUAAUUAUUUUCUUUUCUUGACUUAUUUU